AUGAGCGUUGCUAAUUACAAUUUAUUGUUGUCGCUAUUAAAGCAACGACUACAACGUUUUKCAUAUAGAAAACCAAUUCAGCCUGAGACUCGUUUGGCGGUCACAUUAAUGGAAGUCAAUGUGAAUUUCUUGGCACAAGGAUGUAAUUUCAAUGUUAUAUCUUGGUCUUUCAAACUUGGAGUUUCGACAGUCCGUAAAAUUGUAUACGAAACAUGUGACGCUAUUUGGGAUGAAUUGCAUGAUGCAUAUUUGUCAGCACCAAACUCACACGAACUUCGAGAUAUUGCAAGCAAGUUCUAUGUAAAGACUGGAAUGCCGAAUUGCUUGGGAGCUAUAGAUGGGAAACACAUUCGUAUAAAAAGCCCAAGAAAUAGCGGAUCAUUAUACUACAAUUAUAAGAAAACGUUUAGCAUUGUACUAACGGCAGUGAGUGAUGCUAAUUACGUGUUCACAUAUGUUGAUGUCGGUGCUCUAGGAAGCCAAAGUGACGGUGGAAUAUUUGCCCGCAGUGCCUUUGRAAAGAAGUUGCUGAAUGGCACACUGGAAGUUCCUUCUGACACAAACUUGCCGGGUACAACGAACAGCUUUCCGUAUUAUUACGUCGGCGACAGUGCGUUUCCACUGAAACCAAAUUUAAUGCGACCAUUUCCCGGCCGCCACUGACCAGAAGAUAAAGACAAAUUUAACUUAGCGUUGUCUAGAGCCCGAGUGCACAUAGAAAACGCAUUCGGAAUUUUGGCCAAUCGWUGGAGAGUACUGCAUACAACAAUACAUGCUUGCCCAAAGAAUGCAGACAAAAUUGUUUUAGCUUUUGACGUUACAAAAUGACAGGAAUUACUUCACCCUUGAACUUGCUGACCACUCAGAAGGUAACAGAGAAAUACCCGGGCGUUGGAGAGAAGAAGCAAAUUCCCUUGAAUCG